AUACCGUCAGCUGUUGUGUGGGUUUAACUUAUUUCCCCAUUCUCCUCUCCCUCAAUAUCUUUCCGAUCCUAAGCAAUUUGUGAACGUUGAUGGCAUUGCAGCCAAAAUAGUUUCCAACCAAACACAUUGCUGCUCUGUGUGUGGCACUGGUUUUAUUUUUUGAAAGAGCGCUACCUACCCGGUGCGUUUCCAGCGUUUUCCAUUUGGAAAUGGGGGUAGACUGCGCGCGCUGGUGAACAACUAGAGUGACUCAACCAAGUUUCCCUUCUGUCUGAGGAAUGAGUAUACAUACGGUCGGGAGAGGACGAGCCGAAAAGCGCAUGAUUGAAUGAAUAAAAUGGAAAGCAAAGACCUCGACACCGAUUUGGUGGGAAAUGUGUUGCCUGAAGCAACAUCUCCCCACCCGGCUCAGGACCCAAACCCCACAAAGGAAGACACUGAGGGGUUGACAAGCCACCCGAAAACAGGCUCAGCCCAGAUAAUGGAAACCUACACGAAAAAAGACAAAGAAAGGAGAGUGGGGACCCCCACGAAACUGGACGUCAUCCCGAAGUCACCUGCUACACCGACAUCGCCCAUGCCUGGCUCAAGUUCUAGCCCCAAACGUAAUAAAGCGGCGAAGAAGUCCCAAUGGCUGGAGAAAGAGGAAAAGGCCCGGCAGCUGAGGGAUAGCCAGGUGGACGAGCGGCGCAGGAAGCUGGAGGAGCAGCGGAUCAAGACAGAGAAACGUCGCUCUGCCCUGGAGGAGAGGCAGAAACAAAAACUAGAAAAGAACAAGGAGCGAUAUGAGGCUGCCCUCCAGCGGUCCACUAAGAAGACCUGGGCUGAGAUCCGUCAGCAGAGAUUGUCCUGGGCCGGAGGCCUCAGCCAGAACUCCAGCCAGAGAGAAAGCAGAUGCUCCAUGUCGGCGGUCAACCUGCCCAAACACGUGGACUCGGUUAUAAACAAGAGACUCUCCAAGUCCUCCGCCACCCUUUGGAAUUCCCCCAACAGAACAGCCCGUAGCCUCCAGCUGAGCCCGUGGGAGAGCAGCAUUGUGGACCGACUGAUGACGCCCACCCUGUCCUUUCUGGCCCGUAGUCGCAGCGUCGCCAGCGUGCUCAGCAACGGUAAAGACCAGUCGCCCCUAUGCCCUCGUUCGGCCUCGGCCAGCCCGCUGACGCUGUGUGCCCACCGGCCUCACCACCGCUGCUCCGACCGCUGGAGGGUGACGUCCAGCACGCCCGACAUCACCCAGCGCCGACGCGACUCCACGCCGAUAGAGAAGAAAAAGAAAGAGAAGAAGGACAAGGAGCGGGAGAACGAGAAGGAGAAGAGUGCUCUCAGCAAAGCCACGGUGCUGAAGAAGAGACCGUGCUUACCCAGUAUGAGACACAAACCGGACCCCAGUCCUAGUCCCUUAUCCAGACAGCGGGCUGCCUCACCUGCCACUACUCCUAGAGCAAGACCUUCCUCCUCCUCUCCUAGCCCUGCUGCCUCCCCCAAACCCCCCUCCUCAGCCCGGGCUAGUCCCUCCACCCCCAAGGCCCGGCCCAAGAGGGCUAGGACCCCGGCCCGGGUGGACCACGGGCGCACCUCCUCCCCCGUACCCCUGGAGAGGGCCAGGGAGACCCGCGGCCGUAGGUCAGCCACACCCGAGGAGCCCAAAGGCAAGAGCUCCCCCGUUCCUUCAAUCGUGGUAUCCUCUGCUCCGGCCACGCUCCCUUCGCUGAGUACACCAAUCACGACGGCCACCGCCACUCCCUCUGAGGUCCCUCCUUCUGCCCAAUCAACCCCCAGUGUCCCUGCAUCGUCCCCAGCCCCAGCCUCCUCGUCAGCCAAGCCCAUGGCGGGCACCAACAACCCAGAGGAGGCCGCCCGGAUCCUGGCCGAGAAGAGGAGGCAGGCCCGGGAGCAGAGGGAGCGGGAGGAGCAGGAGAAACGCGAGCUGGAGGAGAGAGAGAAGGUCCUGCGAGAGGAGCGUAAGCUGCGGGAGGUGGAGGAGAGCAAGCGCAGAGAGGAGGAGGCGCGCCUCAUGGCUGAGGAGCAGCGCCUGAGAGACGAGGCCCAGCGUGUGGAUGAGGAGAAGGAGGCGCAGGAGAGAGCCAGGGCAGAGCAGGAAGAGAAUGAGCGCCUACAGAAACAGCCUCUGCUGACUACCAGCCAAGCCCAGAGAUCAACAAGAAUACAGAGAACGACCAUAGUGGUUUGAGAGACAGCUCCACGGUCCAUGUGGUCAACGGUGUCCAGCCUGCCAGACACGAGAAUGGCCUGUCUAGCAAGGGGGACACCGCACACUUUGAGGAGGUCAUCCAGCUAGCCAAUCAGGGCAACAGCAGCAACGGGGGGAGGGAGAAAUCAGAGAGUGACAUGCCCACUGAACCAAUCCUGGCCUUUGAAAGUGAUGAGCCCUUCCUGAAAAAAGUGGGCCCCAUGAAGCCUCAGCAUGUCGCAGAGGUCCUGUGAGGUGUGCCACUCACAAAGGCGAUUCUUAGCCCCCCCCCUUCCCGAUUCCAGCCUCCACUCGUACGGGUAGAGGGCCCCCCUCUUCCCGAAGGUGCACAUCCCCUAUGAUCUGUGCCAAACCAAUCACAGACUGCUUUCUAGGCCCAAAAAAACAUAAACUUUCCCUGGGAAAAGGGCAGAAGAAGAUGAAGAAGCAACAACUCUGCAUUCUGCAAAAAAAGACACAAGCAAAACACAAAAACAGGAUAUGACGUCAUCGCCACCCGACAGGGUGCAUCAGUGUUACCAUUUGUAGAUGGUAGAAGAUAUCGCGGCAUCAAUUCUUCCACAGCAGUAUCAUCCAUGGUAGAUUUCAGUAUCCCUGGGGGUGAAAAAUACACAUUUGACACAAAUGAGUAAUUGUUAUUGUUAUGAUGACGAGUUGAAAGAGAAGUGAGUUGGCUUUUUGUUUCUAAUGUUUAGUUUAUUUAAGAGAAAUGGGUACAGUUGUAUGUGAAUAAUGUAAAUCAAAACUUGAGAGUUGGACUAAAUGAGGGAGAGUGGUCUGUGGAAUAAAUUGUGUGUGAAUUUAUGAAAGGAAUCCCAAUGUUUACUUAACUUCUGCCUUUCAAGGUUUUCCCAGUAACUAAUAUGUAUUGGAAACGUAAUGAUAUGGUCUCUAUAAACGUAUUUGUAAAUGUUCUGUAAAUGGAGCUACACUGCAAAUAGAAUGUCUCCAAAAUACUGAAGAAGACGUUUGACAACGUUUUGACAAUGUAAGAAUUACAUUGUUGCAGCACAGCGUCAGCUGUCUCCAAGGAGCGCUAUAGAAAUGAACAAGGGAUCAGUUGAACGAAAAACAGCACACGCAUGGGUACUCCAGAUUCAGGAUUGGUAAGCCUUGGGUCAAAUCAGUGAUCCAUUCAGUUUAAUCAGUGUUGAAACAGAAUGUACACAAGGGCAUUCCAUCCCACUAUUUUAAAAUGCAGUUUAGUUUUUUUCUAAACCUGAGCAAGAAGCACGAUAUGCUGCCACCUCCAUCGAAAUUCCACAGAUUCGAAUGUGUUUGAAAAUGAAAUGCUGGUGUGUGUAUAUGCUAUAAAUAUAUUUCGUUGUGUAUUGAAGGGUCAAAGGGAGUAUCGGGAGUCUUAUUAAAGAGAACAUUGUUGUCCAGUA